GAGAGAGUGAGAGGCACACAUUGUGAUAUCAAACAAACACAACUGACAUUUAGCGAAACACAAAUCAACAAACCCAAUGACCCAACAAGACCAAACCUCCUCGGCCUGCGACGCCGAGUUGUCGGUUGUUGUUGGUGAUGGCAGAGUGAAGGGUCCAUGGUCCCCUGAUGAAGACGCUGUUUUGAGCCGAUUAGUAGAGCAGUUUGGGGCGAGGAAUUGGGGCAUGAUCGCUCGAGGAAUACCCGGUCGCUCCGGCAAGUCUUGCCGUCUCCGGUGGUGUAAUCAGUUGGACCCUUGCGUAAAACGCAGACCCUUCACAGAGGACGAGGAUCGUCUUAUAGUUGCAGCACAUGCAACCCAUGGAAACAAAUGGGCCGCAAUUGCAAGGCUUCUUCCAGGUAGAACGGAUAAUGCUAUUAAGAACCAUUGGAAUUCUACUCUAAAGCGCAGGUGUAUGGAGCUGGGAGGAUAUGUCCCAGCACACAUUUAUGUUGCGGAAGAUGGUAGCUAUGAGAAAACAAAGGCAUCCUCUGAAGAAACCAUGUCCGUUGGUGAUAUCAAUGCAGUGAUGAAUCCUACAGAAGUUAGAAAUGUUGUUCUGGAUAAUGAAAUUAAACAGAAUGAAGACAAUCCUCCAAAAAAAGAUGGUGCUGAACUGGAGGGACAUUCUACUAUAUGUCGGCCGGUAGCACGUGUUAGUGCAUUUAGUAUUUACAAUCCUCCAAGCAGACCAACAACUGAAUCUGCCCAUUCAAAGAUGAUCCAAAAGCAGGACCCUUUAAUUCAACCAUUCAAAGCUGAAGUAGGAGCCUGCAAGUUAUUUGAUGAUGUUGGCUGUGAGCCCAUGAUUCCAUUGCAAUGUGGCCAUGGCUGCUGUGCAGCAGAGACAGGGAGAAUCCACUCUCAUGGUUCACUAUUGGGUCCUGAAUUUGUUGAUUAUUUGGAGUCAACCUCAUUCUCAAGUCAUGAAUUGCUCUCUAUAACCACGGAAUUAAACAAUAUUGCUUGGAUUAAGAGUGGCCUUGAGAAUCAUGUAGCUUGGGAAACUGAAAAUACAGCAAACUUGACAAGGGAGAUGCAAGAAUUGUUAUCAAGGCAGAUGCCACGACAACCUUUUGCAAUGCCUGCGGAAGUUUGAUGGAUACUUGAGCUUCCUCUUGUGGAUUUUUAUUUUUAUUUGUCUUACAACAGUUUAAUCUUACGGCGGAGGGCAUUAAUGUAUUGAGUAACCGUUUCUCUUUGACAUGAAGAUGCCGAGCACAUUUUGAUUGUGUGCUCCUGGAGCACACGCUCCUUCCAUUAAAAAGGUGGCAUUGGAUUAAAAAAUCAUUUUCCUCUCUUCUCCGUACACACAUCACAUUCAUUGUCCGGUUUUGAUUGGCUCACA